AGAAAGGGUAGGCAGCAACCGUGCCGCACAGAGCAAGAGACAUACACCAACAGAACGAAUGGCUUUCACUGUGCGCCACACGGCGGCUUCUGUUUUGUUCUGGAUUUCAACAUUUGUUUCUUCAGCACGGAUAUAUCCUCCAAAUGAAGUGACGUUGCUAGAUUCGAGAACAGUACAAGGGGAAUUAAAAUGGGUUGCGAGUCCAUCUGAAGGUGGGUGGGAGGAGGUCAGUAUCAUGGAUGAAAAGAACACUCCGAUCCGCACAUACCAGGUGUGCAACGUGAUGGAGCCCAGCCAGAACAACUGGCUCCGGACUGACUGGAUCCCCCGCGGUGGGGCUCAGCGGGUCUACAUCGAGAUCAAGUUCACCCUGCGGGACUGCAACAGCCUGCCCGGCGUGAUGGGUACCUGCAAGGAGACCUUCAACCUCUACUACUACGAGUCCAACGACGGCAAGGAGCGCUACCUGCGCGAGAGCCAGUUCACCAAGAUCGACACUGUGGCCGCCGACGAAAGCUUCACCCAGGUGGACAUCGGAGACCGCAUCAUGAAGCUGAACACAGAGGUGCGAGACGUGGGCGCCCUGACCCGGAAGGGCUUCUACCUGGCCUUCCAGGACGUGGGGGCCUGCAUCGCCCUGGUGUCUGUCCGCGUGUUUUACAAGAGGUGCCCCCUGACCGUGCGCAACCUGGCCCAGUUCCCGGACACCGUCACCGGGGCCGACACCUCCUCCCUAGUGGAGGUGCGGGGCUCCUGCGUCGACAACUCGGAGGAGAGGGACGUGCCCAAGAUGUACUGCGGGGCAGACGGGGAGUGGCUGGUGCCCAUUGGGAACUGCCUGUGUAGCCCUGGGUUCGAGGUGCGCAGCGGAGCUUGCCAGGCCUGCAGGAUGGGUUACUACAGGGCCCUAGCGACAGACGGCAGCUGCUCCAAGUGUCCGUUGCACAGCUACUCCGUCCGGGAGGGCUCCACUUCCUGCACCUGUGACAAGGGCUACUUCCGCUCCGAGACUGACCCGGCCUCCAUGCCCUGCACUCGCCCCCCCUCGGCCCCGCAGCACCUCAUCUCCAACGUGAACGAGACGUCGGUGAACCUGGAGUGGAGCGCGCCGGCAUCGAGCGGAGGGCGGCAGGACCUGAGCUACAACGUGGUGUGCAAGCUGUGCGGGGCGGAGCCGCGGCUGUGCCAGCCCUGCGACAGCACCGUGCACUUCUCCCCCCAGCAGCUCAGCCUGAGGGGCACCCGCGUCUCCAUCAACGACCUGCAGGCCCACACCAACUACACCUUCGAGAUCUGGGCCGUCAACGGCGUGUCCAAGCAGAGCCCCGGACGCGAGCAGGCCGUCUCCGUCACCGUGACCACCAACCAGGCUGCUCCCUCCUCCGUCACCUCCCUCCAUGCCAAGGACAUCACCAGGCAUAGCAUCUCCCUGGUCUGGCAGCAGCCUGAGAGGCCCAAUGGGGUCAUCCUGGAGUAUGAGGUCAAGUACUAUGAGAAGGACCAGAACGAGCGCAGCUACCGCAUCGUCAAGACGCUGUCCCGGAACGCCGAGAUCAAGGGCCUGAACCCGCUCACGUCCUACGUCUUCCAUGUCCGCGCCCGCACGGCCGCGGGGUACGGAGACUUCAGCGGCCCCUACGAGUUCAUGACCACCUCCGUUCCCUCUCCGAUCAUCGGCGACGGAGCCAACUCCACCGUGCUGCUGGUGUCUGUCAUCGGGGGCGUGGUGCUCCUCCUCUUCAUCAUCGGCGCCUUCUUCAUCAGCAGGAGGAGGCGCAAGUACAGCAAGGCCAAGCAGGACGCAGAGGAGGAGAAACAUCUACACCCAGGUGUGCAGAUAUACGUGGACCCCUUCACGUAUGAGGACCCCAACCAGGCCGUCCGGGAAUUCGCCAAAGAGAUCGAUGCCUCCUGCAUCAAGAUAGAGAAGGUCAUUGGAAUCGGCGAGUUCGGUGAGGUCUGCAGCGGCCGCCUGAAGUUGCCGGGCAAGCGUGAGAUCUGCGUGGCCAUCAAGACCCUGAAAGUGGGCUACACCGACCAGCAGAGGCGGGACUUCCUGAGCGAGGCCAGCAUCAUGGGCCAGUUCGACCACCCCAACGUCAUUCGCCUGGAGGGCGUGGUCACCAAAUGUAAGCCCGUGAUGAUUAUCACCGAGUACAUGGAGAAUGGUUCCCUGGACGCGUUCCUGAGGAAGAACGACGGGCGCUUCACUGUGAUCCAGCUGGUGGGCAUGCUGAGGGGCAUUGCCUCGGGCAUGAAGUACCUCUCCGACAUGAGCUACGUCCACCGGGACCUGGCCGCCCGCAACAUCCUGGUAAACAGCAACCUGGUGUGCAAGGUGUCCGACUUCGGGAUGUCCCGGGUGCUGGAGGAUGAUCCCGAGGCCACCUACACCACCAGGGGAGGGAAGAUCCCGAUCAGAUGGACUCCCCCGGAGGCCAUCGCCUACAGGAAGUUCACCUCCGCCUCUGACGUCUGGAGCUACGGCAUCGUCAUGUGGGAAGUGAUGUCAUACGGAGAGCGGCCAUAUUGGGAUAUGAGCAACCAGGAUGUGAUCAAGGCCAUCGAGGAGGGCUACCGGCUCCCCCCGCCCAUGGACUGCCCCGUGGCCCUACACCAGCUCAUGCUGGACUGCUGGCAGAGGGAGCGUGGCGAGAGGCCCAAAUUCAGCCAGAUCGUCAACAUGCUGGACAAACUGAUCCGCAACCCGGGGAGCCUGAAGAGGACAGGAGGGGAGACCAGCCGGCCCAACACCACCCUGCUGGACCCCAGCAGCCCUGAGUUCCCCUCCUGUCUGGGCUCCGUGGCUGGGUGGCUCCAGGCCAUCCACAUGGAGGGCUACCAGGACAACUUCACCGCCGCUGGAUACACCACGCUGGGGGCCGUGGUGCACAUGACACAGGAGGAUGUGGCCAGGAUAGGAAUUUCCUCAGCGGUGCACCAGGACCAGAUCCUGAACAGCAUCCAGGGAAUGCUGUCCCAAAUGCAACAGAUACAAGACAGGAUGGUUCCAGUUUGAGCCACGUGAACCAUGUACAAGAAACAAUGGAACUAUUUACCUCAUUCAUGCACUUUAAAUACAUAAAAAAAGAUGUAAAAAAAAAAAAAAAACAUGAAAGGGAGAGAAGGGAAAGGGGAAAAGCAGCACUUUGAUAUUCGUUCAUUCCUUAAUACUUUUGACUUUGGGAUAGAUCUGUACUUUUGCUGUGGAAUGAAAUUCUUUCUGGAACGUCACACUCGUCCAUAGCAUUUCAGUGGAAUUGGACACGUUUUUUCCCCUGGAUAUUUCACCUGGACAUUGUCUUUAUUUCUAUCUGUGUGCCAGCAUAAAUCGACCUUUGUAAAUUGUGCCAUAAAUAAUAGACUCUUUCAGCCGAGCCAGAUAAACUUACAAUCACAGUAAAAGGUUUUUUAUUUUAUUAUUUCGAUGUUGUGAUUGUUGCUUCCCUUGUGUAUGUUUUGCGCUGCAACAAAGCAUAUACGCUCAGGACUAACUGGACACAUUUUCGAUGAGAAACUCUUAAUGCGCCCACCUUUUCCACCUGAAAACUGGAAUGUCUCUCGCCACCCUGGAGUCUGCCUGAGUGUUGUGACCUGUUUGGACAUCUUUAUGGAGCUUUCUGGAACAUUGGGAAUGAGGAGAGCAGAGCUUUUUCUUUCUCCAUUAUGUCUCCGUUCAUCAAAGGACUCACUUCUGAAUCAUCACAGCACAGUGGUUUUAUGUUGGUUGAGAAACAAGAUGCCUUAUUCCUGGAAGUCCCAUCGUUGUUGAGUUCAUCGUUGUUAUAAAUGUCUGAACCAGUGACCGGAGUCCAUCGCCGUGGAAACCUCAAUCUCUCCGGCUGUCCUUGAAGCAGGGCAAACUCCACCGUGACUGGAGCCCUCCGUCUUCGUUCUCCGGAAACUUCUCCCGUCUCCGAUUCCUAACCAUUCCAACAAUUUCCCAGGAUGCCACAGGUCCACGUAGAAUGUAGAGUGGAAAAAAUGUAUCACUUUCAGGUUCGCAGCCGGAACCUAUUCCUAUAUAUAUGUAAACAGAUUCUGCAGAUUUUUUCUUUUUUUGACUUUUUGUUGCUUAAUUUUAAUUUGUAUUAUGUUUACAUGACACUGAUGCAGUGUGUGCGCCUUCGUACAAGUGUCUGUGUGUGUGUCUGUGUGUGUGUCUGUGUGUCUGUGUGUCUGUGUGUCUGUGUGUCUGUGUGUGUGUGUGCGCGCGCGCGCACCUUGUGAACCCAGUCAUGCUCUACUCUGCCAAUGUGGAUUCAGUUGAAGGAAAAAAAACAACUUGGAUUGAUUAUUAAUUUAAAAAACAACAACACGGUACGUUGCUGUAAAUCCACUGAUGCGUCAAGGAAUGACAUCAUAGAUUCAAUGAAAUCACUGUGUGAAGAAAUUGAAAUGGAUGCGCUUUUCGCUGCCACUAUAAAGCAAAGACACUGGGAAAUUGUGUUCACAGCGAUGCAGUCUCUCCGCGGGGAUACUGCAAGAAUUGGCUAAAUCAAGCCCCCACACUUAGCGUUGGGCAUUUGCAUUGGCAUCAGUGGUCAACAGGAAUUUAGUAUGACAUUGUAAAAAAGGCAAAAUGUUAGCCCGUGACAAGCAUUUCUGUAAUCCCCAUGCUGUUCAUCAUGCGUGACAUAGAAGCUGAAGAAUCAAUAGGGAUGUAUACUGUGUAGAUGAUGGGUUGUCACUUCAAGUACUGAUCUGCAGUCAUUUUGACUGGUGAACUUUACAUGACUUUUGGUCACUUGGUUCUAAGACCAGGGGCCAUAAACAGCUGUGUUUCAGCUGUGAAACACAGCCCAGCUAAAUGGAUUUCAAAUUCAAAGACAUUGAGCUAUUCUUUGAGUUACAAGUUGGACACAUACAGUUUGUACAUUGUGUAUCAGUUUAAGGUAUAUGCAGGAAUGUUUUGGGGGAAAUAUUUUGCUACAUGUUUGUCACCUAAUUAUCACAUUUCUUUUUUGUUUUUGUUGUUUCCAUCAAAUUCUGGUCAACAGACGGUUUCUUUUAAGGUAUGCAUUUGUGUUUUUGUUUUACAUGUGACAUGUUUCAUGCCAUAUUCAGUUGAGUUUUAUUUUGCCUCCAACUUGAUUGUAACAUGCAUGGACUGUCAGAGAGAGGAGGCGUGUUCUGUACAGUACAUUUCCUUUGAAUUUAUCAUAUGAAACAUUCUAACAAGACGUGAUUUUUAUUUUGUUGUGUGAAUCCAGGUGCCAUAUGAUCCGGUAAAGUAGGUUUAACAUUGUUUCGCAUUUCUAACCUUACUGUUGUUGUUUUUUUUUCCAUGAAUUUAGGUACAUGUAAAUUAUGUCAUUUAUUUAUGGUCUUUUAUAUCUAGUUUGUAAAUUGUAAAAUAGCAAAAUGAGGAAAAUAAAGGUCUGCCAAGUGUGUUCUUA